GGGGGCGAUAUAUGUUUCCAUGGCAGUAGUUUCUACAGCAGCAGAGGAAGUGAAACAGCAUCGUAAACAUGGCUGACAGUGGAGUGACAGAUGGACCCGGGAAUAAAGAUGAAAUUGAACGUGCAAAGAGUGAAGGCAAAGACCUGACCAAGGAGGAGAAGCAGCGGCUGAGGAAAGAGAAGAAACAGCAAAAGAAAAACAAAGAGAAAAGGGAUGACAAGGCUUCACAGGAAAAUGAGAAGGAAAAGCAGCCGGUCAUUUCAGCAGCUCCAGCACCCCAGCCUCCAUCACAACCCACAGCGCAGAAAGCUCCUUCAGCAGUGCCUGCUCCUGCGCCUGUUUCCGUGCCUGCCUCAGAGGCUUCUGUACCUGCAGACAAGCCGGCAAAGACUAAAGCGGAGCUGAAAGCUGAGAGGAGAGCUCGGCAAGAGGCUGAGAGGGCCAGCAAACAGAGCAAGAAGGGUGAGGCGGGACAGCAAGCAGCCACGAGCAAACCAAAAGCAACCCCCAGCGAGCUGCAACCAGUGGUGAAGAGGCUACCAGAACACAUUCAAGUGGACAACCCAGACGUUUUAAAGAAACUUGCCAAGAAGUUGGAAAGACAACAGAUCCCGCUACGCUCAGAUUACGGCUAUAAAGUCACCUUGUUUUCUCAUCUCCACCAGUAUAGUCGCAAAGCUCCUCUAACACAGCAACUCAGCAUUCCUUCCACGGUGAUUCAUCCUGCUAUUGUCAGGCUGGGUCUGCAGUAUUCACAUGGCAUUGUUGCGGGAUCCAAUGCUCGCUCUGUUGCCCUGCUGCAUGCCUUCAAACAGGUAAUAAGGGACUACACUACACCUCCAAAUGAGGAGCUGUCAAGAGACUUGGUCAACAAGCUAAAGCCUUAUAUCAGUUUUCUGAAUCAGUGUCGCCCUCUGUCAGCCAGCAUGGGUAAUGCAAUCAAAUACAUAAAGAAAGAGAUCUCCAAUAUUCCUAGUCACUGUAAAGAAGAGGAGGCAAAAAGCAAACUGCUCGACUGUAUUGAGUCCUACAUUAAUGAGAAGAUAAAUCUUGCUGGUGUAGCUAUUGCCAAGUGCGCCAUAGAAAAACAAAAAAUCAGUGAUGGAGAUGUCAUCCUGGUUUAUGGAUGCUCAUCACUGGUCAACCACAUCCUCUGCGAGGCCUUUGAGAAAAGCAGAAAGUUCCGUGUCAUCGUAGUGGACAGCAGACCUCGGCUAGAGGGCAGGGAGGCCCUGAGGCGCCUGGUCCAGAAAGGCAUCAGCUGCACCUACGUUCUUAUUUCGGCUGUCUCUUACAUCCUUCCAGAGGUAUCAAAGGUUUUCCUUGGUGCUCAUGCUCUGCUGGCCAAUGGUUAUGUCAUGUCUCGAGUGGGGACAUCACAGAUAGCUCUGGUGGCCAAAGCCUUUAACGUGCCUGUGCUGGUGUGUUGCGAGACCUACAAGUUCUGUGAAAGGGUGCAGACAGAUUCCUUCGUAUCUAAUGAACUUGAUGACCCUGAUGACCUCAUUGUAACCCGUAAAGGAAAGACUCAGCUGGAGAACUGGCAGCAAGAACCGUCUCUCGGCUUGCUUAACCUGGUUUACGACGUGACGCCGCCUGAUUUCGUAGACCUAGUCAUCACAGAGCUUGGGAUGAUCCCGUGCACCUCUGUCCCUGUGGUGCUGCGAGUCAAAAAUGUGGACCAGUGAACAACUCAGUUUGUGUGCACGAAUGUUUGCACACAGUUGCGCUUUUAGCAUGCAAUAAAUAUAUAUCUGAAGUUA